GCUGAGCUAGCAGCCAUGACAGACCCGAUGGAACGAAGAGAGAGGGAGGAGGAACAAAAGUUAGCAUGGAAGCUGAGGAUGAAGAGAUAGAAGAAAAAGAGGAGAGAGGAAGUGAACAAGAUGACCGCAGAGGUGGCAAAGGUGCAGGCGUGCAGACAGGAGGUGCUGGCCCUGCCGGAUGACAAGGCCAAGUGGGACAAAGUACUGGGCUAUUUAGAGGUGUUGAGCAAGGCCUGGAUGGAGGAGCGCCAGGCAAGCUGGAGCCAGGAUGUAGCGUUGAGUGCCAUGCGGUCAGGGUUUAGAGAUUUUGCGUGCGAGUUCGUCACCCAUAUUGGGGGCGAAGUGAAGCGAUUGAGAGAUAAUGUAGGGAAGUUUUGUGAGGGCGCCAUUCAGGGUGCCAAAGCUGUAGCCUCUGUAGAGGGAGAGGCCAGACCCCGUAAGGACCCAGUGAAACUCAAGUUCCGAGAUGCGUACGGGGGGAAGAAGGAAGAAAACUUUGACAACUGGGAAGCCAGUGUCAACAGUUAUAUUUACUUGCAGCAUAUCCUAACAGAGGAGCAAGUCCUCGUGGCCUUCAAGGCCCUGAAGGAUGAAGCGGCUAGCUUCGCCAGGUCUCUCGCACGUACAGCCGGUUGUGAAAACAACCUGGUUGCGUUUUCCAAAGUCACUCCUCUUUCUCAAUUCCUCAAGCUCCUCAAGGAGCGGUUCGUUGACCCAACGCGAGGCAUUAGAGCCUCUGAUAAGCUCCAAACGAUCCACUCGCGGCAAUGGAGGAAUGCUAAGGCACUCAAGAGUACUAUGGACGACUUGGUAGCCGUCCCUGACCACCGGGUCACCGAGCCCCAGUUGGUCAAGUUGUUUUAUUGUGCCAUCCCAGAGGCCCUACGCGGACAUUUCUUUGACAAGUCUCAGCAGGCCGACAUCACAUAUGAUCAAUUGAGUAGGGAGGUCGUCCUGUAUGAGUCAAAGUCUAUGCCAGUUACCACUUUCUGGCAUAAGGACCUGGAGAAGGGGAAGAAGUGGAAGAAUCGUACUAUCUCAGGCCAAGUAAAGGCCAAGGAUCACAUGAUCCUGACGUUAGAGGAAGUAGACGAAGAGAGUGGAGGGGGGGAAUAAAUAGAUUAGAAGGUGGAAGAGAUAGUAAUAAUCAAUGACCAUACAAAGA